GAAGUUUUGUUACAAAGUGAAGCCUUAGCAAGAGAGUCAGCAGGUCCAUUUUGUGAUCUUGGAAGAAAAGAAGCGUGAAAGGAAAGGAAAGCAGUAGAGAUAAUCGAUUCAAUGUCCGCAAGAACCCCAAAGAGUUCAACCGAGCGAUGAUUCGUGGUGAUGGCUUGAAUAAGCCCUUUGCAGUCUGAUCUGAGCCAGAUUAUUGUGAUGUCGAGCGAGGCGGCGUGUCCUAGAGCAGCCCGUAUCGCCAGAGAAUCCGCCAUGAGCGCUGAGGAGACGUGUUCCUGAUAGAGGCAGCCUCGGCUGAUUUCCUGUCCUGAUCGGGUUGUGAAAAUCCAAGCCAAACCCGCUUCGUUGGUAGCUUUGUUCCAUGCCGCAUCGGUGAAGCAGACGGUGGUUGAAGACGCAGCGAUCUGAUUAGGGAACAGUGGCGGUGGGAUGUUGGGGGCUUGGGGUGGCUUGAUCUGCGCGUGUUCCCAAUCUUUGAGGAGCCGGAUGGAUUUGGAGAGAAUUUCGAUUGGGGCUACUUGUUUGUUCUCAAAAGUAAGCUGAUUCCUGUUAAGCCACAAACUCCAACAUAUCCAAGCGAAGAGAUUAGCGGAGGUACCCAGAGGUGGUAGAUUUACCUUGGUGAAGGAUGAUUGGAGCAUGGAGCGAAAUGGGGAAACGUCUUGAGGAUCUGGCGUGACUGUCCAGGGGAAGAGUUCCCACACUUUCUUGGCUGUUUCGCAUUGGAACAAUAUGUGCUCCAAAGUUUCUACUUCUCCACAUUUGGUGCAUAAGAUGUAGGAGUCGCUUGUACCAGUGAUGCUUGGACGAAUGCUGAGAAUAUGUUCCUUCAGUUCCGGGAGGAGUUUCUCAAUAAGAGCUUGGUUCCACUCCUUUGUUUCUCUCGAAAGGAGGUCCGACACCAAAAGAUCUUGGUCUUGCAGGGGCACUGGACCGUGGGGAAUGAGCUCAGUUUAUUUGCCAAUCCAAGGUUCUGACCAGACCUUCGUACUUUCUCCAUCCCCUAUUGCUUUACCUAAGUGCUUGAGGAGAAGGUCUCUUCCAAGGAGGAUUCUUUUCCAGCCGUGUGAUCCAUUGGAGGGCUUGGAGACUUUGAGGAAAGAGGUGGAGUGACAGUAUUUACCUAGCAAGGUUCUGGCUAGUAGACACUCCGGCUUGGUGAUGAUUCUCCAACCUAUUUUCGCUAGCAGCGCCUGAUUGAAAAGUUGGAUAUCUCGAAAACCCAGUCCGCCUAGUUGUUUAGGAAGCUCAAAACAAGUUAUCGCAAACGAGGGGAUUGGGGAUAGUACAGAUUGUACCAUAGUGGCUCUGCCUGCAGUGGAGAGGAAUCGGGAGCUGUAGCUUACUGACUUCUGAUGGAUCUUGUCCACAAUGGAAGCAAAGAGAUCUAUCUUCUUCCUGCCGAAGUGCUCAGAGAAGGAGAUAGAAGACUUUGCCGUGUUUAUCUUCUGUCCGGACACUGCUUCAUAUCUGUGAAGUAUACUAAGUAGUGAAGCGCAGCAUUGGGGAUCGGUUUUUGUAAAGAACAUGGUGUCGUCUGCAAAGAAGACCUGAGAGAACCUCUCCACACAGAAUGAAGAUGUACGGAGACAGCGGAUCUCCCUGACGGAUCUCCCUUUGUGGAUGCACAUUACCCGCGACCUCGUUAUUAAUCAGAAAGGACCAUGGAGCAGUGGAUAGUGGCUCCUGAGUUUUUCAAGUAAUGGAGCAUCUCAUGUGUGAUCAAGACGUUGUCUGAGAUAGCUCUACCACAUCCCACAAUGUCCCAGUUGGAUUGGAAGAAACUUGCCGAAAACCUGUCAGGUCCAGGGGCUUUAUCAGGGUGUAUGGAGAAUAGAGCUGUUUUGAUUUCCCGGAGUGAAGGGAUGGCAAUCAGCAUCUCGUUAGUUGCCUCUGAAAUACAUGGAGAUAAGGCUUGGAGAACCAACUCCGAUGCCGGGGGAUUUGUCGAUUCAAAAAUGCCAGAAUAUUAGGUUGAGAUUGUUGCCACUAUCUGUUCAUCUUCGAAGACCGGGAUGCCCUCUGAGGUUUCUAUUACAGUGAUCCGGUUGCGCGCUCUUCUUCCUUUUGUUUGAGCAUGGAAAUAUGCAGUAUUUCUAUCUCCCAGCGCUAGCCACGUUUGGCGACUUCUUUGCUUCCAAUACUCCUCCUCUGCUUUGUUAGCAAAGAGGAGGUUUCUGUUGAGGGAGGAGAUGAGAGUGUCGUCCGCCACGAGUUGGAGAUGGCUUUCCUGCAUCUUCCUAUUCUUUCUGAGAUUUGGAGCAUAAGAUCAACCAUUGAGAGGUACAAGAAGGCUUCUGAUAACACCAACACUCACUCUGUACAAGAGAUUAAUGCAGCGUACUAUCAACAAGAAUCUGCAAAGCUGAGGCAACAGAUCCAAACGAUUCAAAAUUCCAACAGGCAUCUGAUGGGAGACUCUUUGAGUGCCUUAAGUGUCAAGGAGCUAAAACAGGUUGAGAAUCGCCUUGAGAAAGCCAUCUCUAGAAUCAGGUCCAAGAAGCAUGAGUUGCUUCUAGCUGAAAUCGAGAACCUGCAGAAAAGGGAGAUUGAGCUUGAUAAUGAGAGUAUCUAUCUCCGAACCAAGAUAGCAGAAGUGGAGAGGUUUCAACAUCACCACCAUCAUAUGGUUAGUGGUACAGAGAUGACAGCAAUCGAGGUCUUAGCCUCUCGCAAUUACUUUGCUCAUAGCAUUAUGACUACGGGUUCUGGCUCUGGAGCUGGCCAUGGAUGUUCUUACUCUGAUCCCGACAAGAAAAUUCAUCUUGGAUAAUCUCUUGGACAGAGAAAAAAACAAGCUGAAUUAAUGGCUAUAUGAAGCUCUCUACAUAAACUAUGUUUGGUGUUAUUGUAAUUCAAAGAACAACGAAGGUAUUAAUCCUUCAAUACUCGUUGGAAACUUGUGUUUGUGUAAUAAUGAAGACAUACUUUGGUUUUAUUGUUUGUUUAUGAAAUACAUUAUGGUAUCUUGA